GUUUAUGGUAAAAAGGCAAGUCCCAAUUUCUCUCCAUCUCCUCUAUUGCGAUUUUGGAAGUGGAACUGUGGCAGUGACGAGCGAGAAGCAAAGAUCUGAUCUAUCAAGGCGGGGAUUUUAAGGAUUUAGAACCAUGGCGGGAUCUGGAACAUCCAUGCUGGGCUCUCUUCUUGUGUUUACAGUGAUCCUCUCGUUUCAAGAAAUUUACAGAGGGAAGCUAGCUUCUUCAGAGCUCUUCACGAUCCUUGGAGGAUUCACCAGCUCUCUCCUCUUUUUGUUUUCUCUUACUUUCAUUGGAAAUUUCCAGGAAUCUUCUGGCAUGAAGAGUGGCUGGGGUGCAGUCAUUCUUGCAGAAAUCAUAGCUCUUAUCGCUGCUAGCACGGUGCAUCGGGUUUGUAUUACAACCUGUUUCCUGUUCUCUGCUGGGCUAUUGUACGAGAUGAACAAGAUCUCGGGAUACAUGCUAUCCAAAACCGAGUCAAAGUCUAAGAGGCACUGAACCAGAAAAUGGAAUUGGUUAUAUAAAUUAGUUUGGACUUAAACUUUGUUUGGUACUAGAAAGAUACAGGAACAUUCCUACUUCAUGAACUGAGAACUUAGACACCGUAGUCUAUUUCCGUUGCAGAUUAUAAUCAUAGAGAGGUCAUCUUUUUAGUUGUGUUUAUGUUCUUAGAGAAACUGGAUUGGUGUCUUUUAGACUUAAUAUGAUAUCAUCUGCGACCUGACACAUCAAAUGGUUUGU